CUACGUCCUUAACAUUAUCUGCAACCUCACACAGCACGGCCGGUUCGCGAUAAAGCGCUUAAAGGCGUCUCGCAGCCUAGCUAACGCAAACUUGGUUGCGUCAACGUCAACGAGACAUUCCUCACGUCCUCGCUUACCAUCUGCAAAGGCUUCGGUCUCAUCAUAUACCUGGCAUGGCGCACAGCUAUGCGCAGCGUUGAGACAUCAGCAAACGUAUUGCCAGCGCCUUGACAAGCGUUGCUCUAGGACGUCCAGCACACAUCUAGACGCUAUGAAUAGUAUCUGUACACACCUGCAAGGCAGCGGCGACUGCCGGGGACCAUCUGCAUAUUCGGCGAGCUUGCCAGACCUGCCCACGCCGCUUCUGCAGCUUGUGCUAAUUUCUGCCGGCUCCUCGGCACCAGCGGCGGCAUGCAGGGAGCUUCGCCGAGCCUUUACGUCGGCCAUGGCUUGCCCCGACCUCGCGGCCCAGUUCCUGAUGGCUCGGCACGGCCCUGAAACCGCGCUGUUCCACGUGUAUGGCAGUCCCACCGUCCGCCGAAUGCUUCUGGCGCAAUUACAGAGCGCGGCUGCGCGAGACGCAGCGACGGACAAGCUGGUUCGACACCUGCUGCGGUUAGGCGCGACGCCGGGUGUGCAGGCCCGUUUCCUGCUGGCCGCUGCGGCUGGGGCUGGCGACACGCGCGUGGUGCGCACGCUGCUGCGUGCGGGCGCCGGUGUGGGGGGCUGCGGUGGCCGCGCACUGGUGGCGGCGGCGUCGGGCGGCCACCUCACCACCAUGGAGGUCCUCCUGUCCUCGGGAGUGAGCGCGCGGGCGGAGAACGGCGCGGCCUUGCUCGCCGCCUGCAAGCACGGACAGCUGCCGGCGGCGCAGCUGCUGCUGCGUGGUGGCGCCGACCCCCGCGCCGAUGGCAGCCGGGCGCUGUGCGAGGCCGCGGCGUCGGGGCACCUGUGCAUCGUGGUGACGCUGCUGGCGGCGGGCGCUCAGGCGAGUGCGCGCGGCGGCAUGGCGCUGCGCGAGGCGCAGCAGGCCGGGCACGCGGCUGUGGCGGAGGCGCUGCGUGGCCUUGUAGGCGCGCAGCAGACCGCGGCUGCUGCCCUGGUGCCCGCGCCAAUGACGCUGCGCGUCAACUAGGGAAACGGGAAGGGUGGUGGUGGGGAGAGGAAGCGCCACCGGAUGGGGAGAGGAAGCGCCACCGCAGUUUCCGGCUCUGGCUGCUGCUGCUACAUGUUGACAAUGACCGAGAGAGCUCCUUAGCGUAGAGACGACGCUAUCCUGAGAAUGUGGACACCCGCCGCCGAGCGCGUGAGGAUUUUCGCCUUAGACACUGGCGCGACACAGAACUUGAUUGGGACCUGCGAUGCGUGUGACGAGCCAGUCAGACUAGGAUUUUACGCGAUGCACGUGUAGCAGUGCCGCUUGAUACGUUCACCACCACUGAGCACACUGAGCAAGGAUAACGACGACGCGUGGAGGAAUGCACUGGCGUAAAAGUGUUGGAUUGUUUUAUUUCCAAGACGGGCCGUGCCCUCGGGUCGGUUCCGUGUCUUGCCGUGUCGGCUUGUGGGUUUGUUGGUUCGGUUUGCCUGCGUUUCGUUGUUGAAGGGCUGCCGUUUGUUUGACAGUUACCGUACGCGCGCCGGUGGUGCAACAUAAUGCCGUGAACCGCUGUACAUGACGGCUUGGAGUGCCCCGACGUUGUGGGUUUAUAUAAUGUGCUGUUUGACAACUUUCAAAGAUUUUGCGAUGUAGCUGGGUUCGGUUUGGUUAUGGUUGUUGAUGAGCGGUGAGUGUUGUUGGAGAGUUGUGGUCGGCCCCAGCCGUGUACAGCUGAGGAGUUAGGACGGAAUGUGAAGCGGCGGCAGCGGCGGGUUGCCUAGACCACUGGAGCGAAUGACAAGAAAGGUGGCUUUCCCCUUAAGGGAAAAGGCCCUUGCCCUUCUUGGCCGGAAGAGCGAAUGAUAAUACGCAGCUGCACAGUUUGGUGGUGCAUGAGGAGGGUGCGACGAUGCGAAGGACUUGCUAUGGUGAGAAUAUAACGAUGAUGCUCUACGGUUUGAAAGGACCCUACGAGUACCCUACGGUUUGAAAGUAAUGUGUCGGCCCUAGAUGAUGUUUGUGUUGAUGAUGACUCUUUGUGGACACACCCUGAUGUUUCGCUACUACGAUGUAGUGCAUGCUGUGGCCCCCCGGCAUAUGAACAGACAGACAAGCCCGGGGUGUGAGCUGGGGCUGUGCAUGGCGCUGAGAGUGCAGGAAUGGGUUGACCACUGCCCAGGACGGAGCAUGCAUCGCCUGCAAUGCGCUGAGUCUGUGUGCUCCGCGACUCGCCCUGCUGUUGGUCCUCAGCCAGCCAUUUCUUACAGCCACUCCCCCA